CAAUUCACAUUUCCCUCCUUUUUUUCUCUUUUCUUUUUUCUUGGUACAAAUUUAUUAAAACCACACUCAAAAAAACAAGAAAGAAAUCAAAACUCCAAAAAAAAAAAAAAAAAAACCCAAAUAUUAAUUGGAAAAACAGAGAGGUUUAAAUAUUUGGAUGAUAUAUAUGACUCCAAUGCAAGCAAUAUCAGUAAUCAUGAUCUAUCUGUCCUUGUUCAAACCAUAGAAGUUUCUUCCAAAUUUAUUUCAUUUUCCAGUUUUUGCACCCACCCUUCUUCAUUUCUCCCCUACAUUACUAUUCUAGAGAGAUAAACUAGUGAGAGAAACCACAAAACAGAGGAUAUUCAAAACAGAGGAGAUUAAAAACAGAGGAGGGUUACUCUGCUUCUUUUUUUUGGAUUCAGGAACAUUUUUUCUCAUCUGGGUUUUUAAAAAGAAUUGAUAGUGAGAAUGUAAUUACAUUUUAGAAAGAAAAAAAAAAUAUGGGUUAUUUUAUUGGGAGAACAAAGAGUUUAAAUUCUUAUAAAAGUUUUCAUCUUGUUUUUUUAGUUUUAUUUGUCCUGUUUUUGGGAGGAUUUAGGGUUGUUUUGGGGUUGAAUUACACAAAAUAUAGACAAGUUAGCAACUUGAGAUUUGAGAGGAUUCAGAAGCACAUUGACAAGAUUACCAAACCUCCUGUUUUUACCAUUCAGAGCCCAGAUGGAGACAUUAUAGAUUGUGUUCAUAAGAAAAAACAACCAGCUUUUGAUCACCCCCUUCUCAAAAAUCACAAGAUUCAGAAAAUGCCAUCAGAGAUACCAAGAAUGAAAAUGGUAAAAAUAGAUGAAGAAAGGGAAGAUAAUAGCAAAAAGGGCAAAGAAGGGAUAAAAGAAAUAGAAUGGCAAAUGUGGCAUUUAAAUGGAACAAGGUGCCCAAAGGGAACUGUUCCGGUGCGGCGGAGUACAGUAAAUGAUGUGCUGAGGUCUAAAUCUUUGUAUGAUUUUGGAAAGAAACGGUCCAGAUCACUUCCUUUAGCUAGAAGGGUUGAUGCUCCUGAUGUUGUUAAUGGCAAUGGCCACGAGCAUGCAAUAGCUUACACGGGGACAUCGGGAGAAAUAUAUGGAGCAAAGGCGACGAUAAACGUAUGGGAUCCAUCCAUUGAGGAAAUGAACGAGUUUAGCCUUUCCCAAAUUUGGGUUCUCUCUGGCAAUUUUGAUGGCUCUGAUCUUAACAGUAUUGAAGCUGGUUGGCAGGUCAGUCCGGAGCUUUAUGGUGAUAGCAGACCAAGAUUAUUCACUUAUUGGACGAGUGACUCUUAUCAAGCAACUGGAUGCUACAAUCUUCUGUGUGCUGGGUUCGUGCAAAUGAAUAGCAGAAUUGCUAUUGGUGCUGCUAUUACUCCGGUUUCUUCGUUUUCAAGCAACCAAUUUGACAUCACCAUUCUUAUUUGGAAGGACCCAAAAAUUGGGAAUUGGUGGAUGAGUUUUGGGGAUGACACCCUUGUAGGGUACUGGCCAGCAGAGCUAUUCACCCACCUAACAGAUCAUGCAACCAUGGUAGAGUGGGGUGGUGAGGUGGUCAACACACGGGCCAACGGGCUUCACACCGCGACACAAAUGGGUUCGGGCCGUUUCGCCGAUGAUGGGUUUGGACAAGCCAGUUACUUCAGAAACCUCCAAGUUGUAGACUCAGACAACAGCCUUAGUGCACCACAAGACAUCCAAAUCCUUGCUGAGAACACCAAUUGUUAUGAUAUCCAGAGUUCUUACAACAAUGAUUGGGGCCAACAUUUCUACUAUGGUGGGCCUGGGAGAAGCCCAAAGUGUCCAUGAUCUAAGCCCACAUCCAUUUAGAAUAUAAUUUUUUAUUUUUUUUACUGCUACUAAUUCUUUUAUUUUGCUUUGUUUUAACCAAAGGUAUAUAUUUCACAAAUUCAUCACAAUGCCACUUUUGAUUUUGUUUUUUGCUGUUA